AUGGCUCCGAAUCCGAUGAACAUGAAUACCAAGCCAUCUGCAAAUUCCAGAACAAGUAGCAUAGCUGCAUCAGCUUCGUCUCAGGAGAUUCUGGUCCGCGAAACGCUGCGUAUCAGUGCCAAUUUGGCCUCCACCCCUCUCCUCCAAACGCCCUCCUCCCUCACAACCAUUUGCUGCGAGGAAAUCGAUGGCCGUCGCUGGAAGUACGUCGCCGACACCGAUGCCUCCGGUCAUUUCAAGAAGAAUUCCUUUCGCCCUCUCUGCUUGCACACUCCUCAGGCCCCUCUCGAUGAACUCCUCUCUUUCGUUAGAUCCUAUGUUGUUCCCGAAGGUUUCCCUGACAGUGUUACUCCCUCCUAUGUCCCGUACAUGACAUGGAGGGCUCUUAAGCAUUUUUUUGGUGGAGCAAUGGGCGUUUUCACGACUCAAACCCUCUUGAGUUCAGUUGGCGUCUCCAGAAACAGGGCUACGCCUGGGGCUGUUGCCAUCAACUGGAUUCUUAAGGAUGGUGCUGGCCGUGUGGGCAAGAUGCUUUUUGCUCGCCAAGGAAAGAAAUUUGAUUAUGACCUCAAACAGCUGCGGUUUGCAGGUGAUCUUCUGAUGGAGUUGGGUGCUGGAGUUGAACUGGCAACUGCUGCAGUGCCCCAUCUAUUUCUUCCUUUGGCUUGUGCUGCUAAUGUAGUAAAGAAUGUUGCUGCUGUAACAUCAACAUCAACUCGGACACCGAUUUACAAAGCCUUCGCCAAAGGAGAAAACAUAGGGGAUGUCACUGCAAAAGGAGAAUGUGUUGGCAAUAUUGCGGACCUGUUAGGAACUGGUUUGAGCAUAUGGAUUGCCAAAAGGAAUCCGUCGCUUGUGACCACAUUUUCCCUCCUUUCAUGUGGAUAUAUCCUUAGCUCUUACAGAGAGGUUAAAUCUGUUGUUUUGCACACACUAAACUUUGCAAGAUUCAGUGUGGCAGUAGAAUCCUUCCUCAAGACAGGACGAGUUCCCACUUUACAGGAGGGCAAUAUGAAUGAGAACAUAUUCAGUUUUCCAUGGAGAGAUAGGCCUGUUGUCCUUGGAUCAAGAAUCAAGGAAGCAUUCCAAGAGCCUAGUGCAUAUAUUGCCAUUGAGCCCUUGUUUGACAGAGAGAGAUAUAUUGUGACAUAUAACCCUUCAAAACACAAGGUUUAUGCUGUGCUCAAGGAUCAGGCGAAGUCAGAUGACAUUCUAAAAGCAGCAUUCCACGCUCAUGUGCUCUUCAGUUUGAUAAAUUCAUUGAAUGAAAGUAAGGCCUCAUCUUUGAAGGAAAGGGGGGAUCUUAACUCAAAUGUCACACACACAGUCGCUGAUAUUGAGGCUUGUAUGGCUGAUACUUGCAAGAUUGUGGCAAAUUCUUAUGGUCCUUUCAAGAAUAAAGCUAAGGAGCAGGGUUGGACAAUGUCAGAGUCACUUCUAAAUCCUGGUCGAGCUAGGUUGUUUCCACCUGAUAACAGAUGA